AUGACUAAUACAAUUGUAAAAGAACAGUCUGAUGAGUUCAAUACUAAAUAUAAAGACUCAGUUGAAGAUAUCAGUGAGAUGUCAGAUAAUACAGAAGACUCAAGUGAUCAGAAUGACAAUAGCUCAGUAGGUGAGAAGACUUAUAUAAGACUAGAAAUUACAAGACUUCAGUAUGAGAUUAAGCAGAUGAAGAUCAGUAGAGGUGACUCUGCAUAUGAUAAGAUGAGAGCAUAUCUGACAGAAUAUCUUCAAUAG